AUGAAAAUGGCUGCCUUCCGCAAGCCCAAAAGUAUAAAGGACUCGCGUGGCUGCCCCCAGCAGUAUACCACAAUCCACUCUACGCAACAAAAUGACAUCAAACAAGAGCAGAGAUCGUUUUGGCACCCUAGACUUCAACCUGUCGAUUCUUGGCAACGUCCGCAGAUGUUUGGGCAUCAAAUCUGA